UGAACAUUUAUUUUGAAACCACAUAAGGAAGUUUAGUUACCCUUGCGGCACCCGUAGAAAAGGGAGGUUUAUUUUUGGCGCGCGCGCAGCAGCAACUUAUAUUUUGCACCGCACGCGGGUAAGGACGAAGCCGCUUGUUCUUUUUCCGUCGUACAUUCUGCAUCAGCUUUUUCUUGAUUUUCAAGCCUAACAUGGGUAAAAAGCAGAAUGGCAAAGGCAAGAAGGAGGUGCUGGAGGCAGAGCCGCCGGAGGAGUAUGUUGUGGAGAAGGUGAUGGACCAGCGCAUCGUCAAUGGGAAGGUGGAAUUUUUCCUCAAGUGGAAAGGAUUUACAGAAGCGGAUAACACUUGGGAGCCAGAGGAUAACCUGGACUGUCCCGAGCUGAUCUCGGCCUUCCUCGAAGCCCAGAAGAACGUGGUAGAAAAGCCUGACUCCAACAAGAGGAAGUCCUCAACAGAUGAGCCAGAGACAGAGGAAAACAAAGCCAAGAAGAAGAAGGAUGUGAGUGACAAGCCACGGGGCUUUGCCAGGAGCCUGGACCCAGAGAGGAUCAUCGGUGCAACUGACAGUAGUGGAGAACUUAUGUUCUUGAUGAAGUGGAAAGACUCGGACGAGGCAGACCUUGUCCCGGCCCGGGAGGCCAACACUCGCUGCCCUCAGGUGGUCAUCUCCUUCUACGAGGAGAGGCUGACCUGGCACUCCUGUCCUGAGGAUGAGGCGCAGUAGCACCCCUUCCUUGCCCAGCUGAUGUCCCCUGUGGGCCCCCCUGACCUUGACCUCCAUCCUGUCCCUGAUCCUGUCUCUCAGGACUGUUCUGUGUCUCUUCUCUCACCCCCUCUAUUGUUUUAUUUUUUUGACUUUUACAAUAUGUUUAGCCAUAGUGUUUAGUGCAGAGCAGUCAGGUGAAAGCCUGUGCUUUGGUACAUAUUUUAGUGAUAGGACAACAUUGUUUACUGGGAAAGGGACUGAGGAGGAUGUGGAGAAAUGGGUAGGAUGUGGAAAUAAGGAGAUGGGUGAUUUGUCUCUUUUCAUGGACCUAUUCCUCAUCCAAAACUGUCAGGGACUAGUUCCUCAGUCGAUAUAUAGUUGUUUGAAAAGUAACACCAUGGAUCAAAUGAAAUCUUGAUUUAUUCCUCCCCCACCCAUAUAAUCAUUUGUCAGACAUGUAUUUUCAAGGUGGUGCAUGGCUGUUCUGUUCACUGUCUAGCCCCUUUCCCCUCUUCUCCCUCCCAUGAAACUAGUCCCCCCCCCCCCCCCCAUGGUUGCAUACUUGAAUCCCUUGAACAGUAUGUAUUUUGCUGUAUAUUCACUUUGUAAAUAUUUUUUUCAAGAAGCUGUUCAAUAAAGGUUUAUAUGCUUCAUUUUACCACC